AACUGUCUUCUUCAAUGGUUGACUAGGCUGGAGUGUGGCUUUGUAUAUUGUACUUAAAAUGGAGGGAGAUUUGUACAUUACUCAGAGAAAAAGACACAAGUAGCUGGCAUUCUGUUUUUAAUGUCAUAAAUAUUCAUUGACUUACUUUUAAACUCGCAAUAUUUAAUUCAAGCUUAGAGUUUCAUCAUGAUUUUGAAUAAUAAUGUCUUGUAGCCAGCUGAAUUCAGGCUCACAACAAUAAUAACUUUGAUUCUUGUGUUUCCUGUAGAGCUUCACUCUGAGAGCUCUGUAAUGUUUAAGAGAACCUUUUCGCUUCAAAAUAUUCCUCCUCGUUCAAGAACUGUCUUUUGGACCGUAACGUUUAAGAGGAAAAACAUUUCGAAAUGAAGAGUUCACAUGUACAGAUUGAAAACAACUACUUUGUCAAUGUCUAUGUUUAUGUGUUUAUGAAUGGACGGCAGCGUGCAAAGAGUUCUGCUAAUUCCAAAGAAAGACUAGAUUCUCUGUCAUCAGUGUCAUGUGUAGGAGAAGAGGGAAAACUCCUUGUCAAGGGUGAGUUAUCAAACAGCUGCCAGUUGGGGCUCUGCGUGGUGGACCUUUGGGCCGCCGGAGCUCUGCUAUCACUAUUCCCAAGUCAAGUCUUGCUCCUGUUGGAGACUCAGAGAUGGCUUUGGGCAAGCCAGGUGCUAACCCAUCACAACGUAGGCACUAUUUUUGACAUUUUAGCUGCUCUCUCAGGCUGGGCUGUUCUCCCAAAACCAUGGCUGCUAAUUGAGUCUAAUCACAAGGUUACACUCAGGUACAAGUGUUGAGACAAAUAAGUGUCUUGAGCAGCAACAGAACAUGAUCACCCUUGGAAUGGCCAGAACUCAGACCACUCCAUGCAGAGUCUGAUAGAUUAGCCAUGAAAUUUUGAUCACCUCGCACCCCUUUGUUGUACUGAGUUGUGCAUAUAAUUUACAUGAACGUUGAUAGCUUUGAUGCAUGACUGUUGAUAUGACAAAAGUUUACUUUUAGAUAAUAAUUAUCUAGUGAUUAAUUUUCUUAUCAUCAGGCAGCAGUUAUGAUAUUAAAGAAAAUCAUCCACAGCUGGCUGACUACACUGUUUAUACUGUCUUGAUGUAUUCCUUAAUUCUCGUAACUGAGAUCAAAACAAAUGUACCACAAUCUAUGAGAAGAAUUAAGACAUCUAGCUUGGACUUUAAAGAGUUAUAUGCAAUCAAGGCUCUCUGAGGAAAGGAUGCAAGUGAAGAAAAUGAAUAAUAUCGCGAUAGAGAGUCUGGAGUCAAACCUAGAGGUGGAAUGUAGAAGUGGGAAGAAAUGAGAUGGAGGUUUUUUCUACCUUCAGGGUGCUGUGCUGUACAUCUGUUCUACUGUAUAAGUGAAGAAAGUAUUUGUCUAAGGUACC